UCAAUUUUCUUCCAGAGGAAGGUGUAACAGACAAGGAUGUAAAACUGAUGAGCCGAGACGACAUUGACCAUAUUUUCAAAGCGUGGUCGUUCAAGAUUUGCCGAACAGCAUGGGAAGCAAUCACAAACUUCAACGUUAGUGAGCAAGAAGAUGAGCCUUCUCUUGAAUCAUUACCGGUACCAGACACGACACCAGAUUUGAGGAAAAUCACACCAUUAGUACCAUUACAGGUACCAGACACAACACCAGAUUCGAGGAAAAUCACACCUUCGGGAUCAUCGUCAUCAAAAAAAAGACUCUUAUUUGAAAAGUUCAAGUCUAAUAGCGCUGCUAAAGUACCUAAACCAGGGACAGUUAGUUACCCGUUGGGCAUAGAACAUCCAUUCCCAAUAACAAAGGAACAUAGGCUGUACCUCCAGAAUACAGAGAAAGAACAGUUUAUUGAAACCUACACGAAUUGCGUGAAGAUCAUCGACGCAAUUUACCUUGUUAUAUUUGCAAAAAUCAAACGAAAACCAACAAAAACAGAACGGGACAUGAUUGCAAUGAGCUUGUGUCGUGAAUUCCCUGUCCUCACCUCCUACAAAGAUGGUGAAUAUGGACAUGCUGCCCUCAGCUAUGCUCUUCGAAAGAAAGCUACUAACCACAUCAGAAGGAAAGUUUCCCUACAGAAGAAGCUGUUCCCCACUGCUGAUUUGGGUUCCAAGGAAAAUGCGAAGAACCAAGAAAUAGAUGAUAAUGACGAAGUGCCUUUAUCUGAUGCCGAUGGUGAUACGGAUAAAACAGAAGAUGCUGAUAAGACAGUUGUUGAGGUAUCUCCAGUGGUAGUUCCCCCGGCCAAGCAAAAAGGGUCUAAGCAAACGACUAGUGAGGAUGAAGAGGACGACAUGGAUAGCCAGGCAAGGCACAAUAAGCUACUCCGCUGUGAACUUAAGAAGAAACGCCCUAAUAGAAGUACUGUUGACAAGCUUUUUUUGAAAGGUUCCCAGGAAAGGAUUGACUGGAUCCACAGCUGUCCCGGUGGGACAAGAGCCUCCAGCGUGCUGAACGAUUACCCCUUGUUACAUGGAGGCAUCUUAUUGCAUUAAACAGUUGGAAAUAAUGGAGAGGCAGUGCCUGUUCCAGACCGUGGAACAGAAAUGGGUGAACCUGAAGGAAAGAUUGGGCAAGAAGGAUGAUGAUGACGGAAUCUGUUUCAACUGGAUUAUUUCCAACUUGACCGGAAAAACCAACCAGAAGUAUGUUCUGCAAUUUGAUGAGACCAACAAAGGCCUGGAACUGUCGAGAGCGGAGAGGAACCAGCCCUUCCUUUAUGUUAUUGGGGAGCCCAAAAACUUCAAGGAUGUAGCUUUGGUCGUGGACAAGAGAAUAUUCUGUAAAUUUCCGAAGGGCGAAGCCACCCCUUUGAAAAGUAUUGUGUUGCUUCUUGCUGCAUACUUCAUCCUGAAUUUGGAGUACCCUCUUGCGGCAAAGGUGUGCUACCAGGCACUUAGCUAUGACCUUUUUCAAAAGGGUGACAAACCAAAAGCGAAAGCUUACCUUAAUCUUUUCAAGUAGUUAGGAAGCCAAUCCA